ACAUAAAUCUAAUUGGGACGAUUUCUACUUGAAAAAAAUGUAGAACAUAUUGUUUAGCAGCUGUUAUCUAAAAACAGAAAAAUGCAGAUCACUGCUUUAUUAUUGUGUUUGAUGACCUUACCUUUUUGCAGCACUGCAGCCCAAGAAGUAUGUACAGAUUUUCGGGGGCGUGUUAUAUUCAAUGGACUCCAUUAUGUGCCCAGUUCAGACACCUGUACAUUAUGUGUUUGUGAUAAUGGGAUCCCAAAAGAAUGCAAAGCAGUGCUUUGUUCUCCACCACAGGAUUGUCGGUCGUUCCGUGUUGGCAAUACGUGCUGCGAAUUUAUCUGCCUUGAUGAUGUGGUGAAGCCAGCGGAAGCGGCAGAAGCUAAUGUGCGCGUGGCUGCGGGCGGCGCGGCGGCUCUCGUGUUACUCACUGUGGCGGUGGUUGUUUACCGAGUUCGCCGACUUAAGCGACGCCGCCCACCUCACGCUGAUGACCAACGUAGCCUCACUAGUAUUGGAUACAUCAGUGGUAGUAUGGGCUAUAUGGGUGGAACAUGUGAAACUGCAAUGGGGGCAUGGAAACCUCAUGGAAACUACUUGCCUCGUGGCGAAGCUCCACCACCAUAUGAUGAAGUAAUAGCACAGUGUCGUCCUGAUACCAGAAAAAUGGAUACUGCGAAUAUUCGAGUGAUUUUUGAAUACGAGUUCCGACGCGGAAGUAACGCGGCAGAAACAGCCCGCAAUAUCAAUGUUGCGUUUGGAGAGGAGUCUGUUAAUGAAUACACCGUGCGAUUUUGGUUUAAACGCUUUCGUGAUGGAAACUUAGAUUUGCAGAACGAGCCACGAGGUAAACCGCCCACACAUGCAGAUGUCUAUUAUACCGAACUCCGAACAAUAUUGGCAAAACCAGCAGUAAAACAGACCCAACUCAUGAAUCGAUCUUCACCGUUAUUGCUCCAUGACAACGCAAGACCUCAUAAAGCACGAGAAACUGUUUUGACACUUCAGGAACUGCAGUUAGAAACCAUUCGUCGUCCUUCGUAUUCGCACAAACCUUGCUCCAGCGGACUACCAGCUUUUUCAGUAAGUAAUGAAACGCCAUUCCAUCGCACGUACCCGACCACAAUGGAGGCGCUCGCUCGUCCUGAUGAGCCAGUGCAGUGUUCGGGCCAUGGUUAUGUUAAUAUUCCGCGUCCAGUCCAACAGAUAGCGAACACUCAGAAUUGCUACAAUGCACCUCUGCUUCAACCGGUUCAACCUCCUGAGCCCCGAGAACCCAAUUCAAUUCCGCAUCAUCCAUUUACAGCAAACGUAUUGGGGUUUCCAAGUACGAUCCGUUUGACCGGGUCAUUGGGUGCGAUCAGUAACCGCGGCCUGCUGAGCGUUUUGCAGCGCGAGCCAGAACACGAGAGGCCCCACAAUGUGCCCGGCUUCUACACCAACACCGCCGUUCACACCUCGCUGCACCGUACGAUACCUCGUAUAUCAACGGCGGUGGACACGGCCGCGCUGGAGGCGUGCUUCUCCCGCGAGCGCGCGCUGUGCGGGGAGGUGCGCCGCUCGUUCCACCGCGCCGAGCGCGCCGCACUACCCGCCCUCGCGCACCACCACGCGCCCGGCAGCGUGCCGCGCAGUCUGGACCGCGCCGCCGACCCCCGGCCCACCGCAGCGCCUCUGUCAUGUAUGUCGGGUGGGAGAUCGCGUGCACACAGCGAGGAACAAAACUUGGGCACGGAUCCGCCUCCACCCGCGCCAGACCCUCCUUCCGCCCCCAUAACUAUCCCCGCCCCCGCUCCCGCCCCUAUCCCCAUCCCUGCCCACAACCCGGCCCCAGUCUCCGCUACGUCCGCGUCUAUUAUCGCCCCGCCCCCACACAGCACACUGCCGCUAACUAUCGAUAAGCCGUCAUGCGUAUGCAGUUACGAACAGAAUGUACCCGGCAGUGAGGAACCCGAUGAUUAUCGCAGUGAAUGCGAAAACUGCAAGUCCGCUAGCAGCUCCAGAUGGGUGUUAGAGGAGGGGUGGGAGGAGGAAGCGGCGGACGGCACGCAGACGCUGCAGCGGCGCGCGCCCCCCGCCGCCCCGCUCGCCGCGCCCCCCGCCGCUAGCACAUUGCCCCAGCCAGUCACCAAGCAGAGCCGCCCAGUGAUGGGUCCUCCGUCGAACUGGGAGAACUGGUUCAAUACCAUACCUGAUUCAGAUACGGACUCCGAAGAGGAGUGA